GUUUUGCCGGCAAUGACUUGGUGAUGUUGGGCGGAUUGACCUGUGUCUCCGAGUAUAAAGAUCAGGACAGUCCGCUUCAUCAAGGCAUCUCACUCAUCACAACAUCAUCCACUCAUCUCCUCAACUCCCAACAUCUGUUCCUUGGCUUUCAACGUUUCAAGCAAAACCGCCAACAACCGCCACAAUGCAGUCCAUUCUCGCCAUCAGCAUCUCCCUCUUCUCCCUCCUCUCUCCCGUCCUCGGCACUCCCGGCAAUGUCUUCGUCUGCACCGGUUCCAACUGGAGCAACACCUGCGAGGUCCUGACUCUCGGUAUCGACGGAGCCUGUACCAGACUUCCCUCCACCUAUGAUGGACACAUUGGCUCUGCUGGCCCCGACCCGGGCGCCAUCUGCCGCCUCUUUACCAACGGAGACUGCACUGGCCACGGCGUUGCUAUCUUGUAUAACCCCGGCGACUCCAACUUGUACAACUCCAUCAAUGGCAUUGAUGCUGGUCACCAGGCUCAUUACAUCCAGUGCCGCUCGUGCACUGCCUGCACCUAAAGGAGUUGGGGUUGUCUAGAGGUAGAGUUGGAGGACACAAACGCCGGAGAUGAGCUGGAUGCGAGUAAUGACAUGAUGGGAAACAGAUGAAAAGGGCGCCCUUCAGGAUUCAGGAAACAAGUGGACUGUCGCCACAAAACGGUUGUUAAUGCUUUUUGAUGAGCUCGUACAUGUACUGUUUUCUUUGUUUUGAUCCAAGAUUCCUUCGUUCCAUCGCAAUUGCGCUUGAAAGCUGUUGUUAACUUCCGG